ACGUCACUGACUCCCUCUCCUCUGUUUUCCCAUUUCUCUCUCGCAGUCUUUUGGGCAUGGCAACUAUUUCAGCUCUACCCCAUCCCUCCUCCUCAACGUUUCACUCUCCCAAACAGCUGUCUUCCUCUUCCGGCAGCCUCUGCUUUGCCUUCUCUGAAACUCUUACCUUCCCUUCAUCAUCAUCAUCAUCGGCUUCGAGAUCGAUAAGUCAUGACCACUACUACCACAACAAACUCACCGUCUCCGCUACUAGAAGCAUCCACCAGAACAUCUCCGAUAACGGCUCUCCCCCUCCUCCAACCCCCCGCGCCAAGGGAGUGAGGAGGCAUGCUAUUUCAGUUUUCGUUGGGGACGAAAGCGGAAUGAUUAAUCGGAUUUCAGGGGUGUUUGCAAGGCGGGGUUACAACAUCGAAUCUCUGGCAGUUGGUUUGAAUAAGGACAAAGCCCUCUUCACCAUUGUCGUUUCUGGCACCGAUAAUGUCUUGCGCCAAGUCAUUGAGCAGCUUAACAAGCUCGUCAACGUUAUCAAGGUUGAGGAUCUCUCUAAUGAGCCUCAAGUAGAACGUGAACUAAUGCUUAUAAAAGUAAAUGCAGAUCCGAGUUACCUUGCUGAGAUCAAGUGGUUGGUGAAUAUAUUUAGAGCAAAAAUUGUGGACAUCUCAGACUACUCAGUGACCAUUGAGGUGACAGGAGAUCCUGGGAAAAUGGUUGCUCUGCAAAGAAAUUUAAGCAAGUUUGGGAUCAGAGAAAUUGCCAGAACCGGAAAGAUUGCUUUGAGGAGAGAAAAGUUGGGUGCUUCCGCUCCAUUUUGGCGCUAUUCAGCAGCUUCAUAUCCAGAUCUUGAGAGAACAGUGACUGUUGAUGCUCUUGCAGGAGUUGAGAAGGGAGUUGUUAACGCCGAAUCUGAUACAUCUUCUGGGGGUGAUGUUUAUCCUGUGGAGCCUUCUGGUACCGUUACUGUCAAUCAAGUCCUUAAUGCUAACUGGGGUGUUCUUAAUGAUGAUGAUACAAGUGGACUUCGAUCGCACACUUUAUCUAUGCUUGUAAAUGAUGUUCCUGGGGUUCUUUACAUUAUUACGGGCGUUUUUGCUCGAAGGGGUUAUAACAUUCAGAGUUUAGCUGUUGGCCAUGCAGAAGUUGAGGGGCAAUCUCGCAUUACUACUGUUGUUCCUGGUACAGAUGAAUCGAUUAGCAAGUUGGUGCAACAGCUCUAUAAGCUUGUCGAUGUGCAUGACGUUCGAGAUCUUACCAACUUGCCAUUUGCUGAGCGGGAAUUGAUGUUGAUAAAAAUUGCUGCCAAUGCUGUUGCUCGGAGAGAUGUACUUGACAUUGGAAAGAUCUUUAGGGCCAAGGCGGUUGAUGUUUCUGACCACACUAUAACCCUUGAGCUCACAGGAGACCUGAACAAGAUGGUUGCACUGCAGAGAUUGUUAGAACCCUAUGGGAUUUGUGAGGUGGCGCGUACUGGAAGAAUUGCUCUGGUGCGUGAGUCAGGGGUUGAUUCUAGAUAUCUCCGUGGAUAUUCUUUACCUCUUUAGUUUGACAAGCUGCAAGGGUGAGUGAGUGCGAGUUAUAAAUGUGUGCAAGGCAAAUAUGCAUAUAUCUUGUACAUGCAUAUCAUCAAGCGUACAAUUACGACUAAACAAUAAAUCUGCCUCAAAAUUUUGUUGCACAUCAACUUUGAUUAGAUUAUUAAAAGUUUGUCACACUA